GAUGUACCUAAUACUAUGGUGGAACAAAAACUAACUUAAGCUCGCGGCUUCGCUUGCGUUAAACUUUCCCACUACCCUCGUUUUAUAUCCGGUGGCAAGCAGCAUUUUCAGUAAAGCGUAAAGUGAACUACCGAUCCGAUACUUGCGAUAGAUUAUCUCCACGCACAGUUACUUUAUUGGAUGCAGGUUGCCCUAUACAUGAUCUGACACUUCUUUAAAAUAAAAUUAAUGUUUCCUUUGGUUUCUUUCACACACGACAAAAUGGAGUGGCGGAUUUACAGAUUAGGCGCCCGGGGGGGUGUUGUUGGAUCUUAUUUGACUGGCCUGGCGAACAUUGAUUAUAUUCGUAUCCGAAAUACGUACCUACUUACUUUAUGUAUGUAAAAAAUAAUUAUGAACUAAAAUUAAAUCUGCCACCCCUUAAAAUUUGCCACCCUAGGCUUCAGCCUACUCAGCCUGGUAAAUCUGCCACUGGUCACUUCAAAAAAAUGCAGAUAAAUGAUAAUAAUAUAGCUCACCCAACCCAACACCAAUACCAGCAAUAUUAUUAUACCCUAUCUUCGGCUCUCUGUAUCCAGAUUUUGCCUGAAACCAAUUUUCAAAACAAUGAUUACUGUCAAUACGCUAUUUAAAAGAUAACGAGUAACAUAAGAUGUUAUUUAGAUAUUCAAAUACCAUCACUUCGAUCUAGAUUUCACAAAGCCCAUCCUCUAACCACAGCCGAUAAGUUCCAAGGACCCGCAAUUGUCAUCUCAAAUCACUCGAAACUAUAACAAAGCUUGAUUCUUUCAUGUAAGUGCCGGCGCACGCGCAUUGAGCCUAUCAAACUAUAAUAAACCAAUACAACUACGAAACAGAAACAUAGAACUUAAGAGUAUAGAGAUAGGGGUGCUUUUCGAAGUUCAAGAAGAAGAGGAGCAGCAAAGAUAAGUUGGUUGAAAGAAGACAUUGUCAAGAGUUUGUUAGUAUAAAUAGGUGAGAGGACUCGGUCAGUAUCAUUCAAUGUUUGUGGAUCGAACUAACAUCUACAACAGCUAAGGAUUAUCCAAUUGAUCUCUUAUUCAACAACAAUAUGAAGGUUUUCAUACCUCUACUUUGCUUACUAUCCAUCUCAUUUGCCGAACCUCCUGUAGGCGACGGUUAUGCAGCAGCCCGAUCAGGCCACGGGAGCCACGACCACCACGAUCACGAUCACGACCACCACGACGUCGAUAUCCAACGGUCUCUAUCCCAGGAGUACGGAGCCCCGGCCGCUAGAAGCUUUGGAUCUCGCAACGCAUUGUCCCAGGAAUACGGCCCCCCUUCGGCCAGGUCUGGCCUCUCACAGGAGUACGGAGUCCCUGGUCUCCGCAGUUCCCCAUCAGACACCUACGGAGCACCGUCAGCGCGUGGACUGAGUCAAGAAUACGGCGCGCCUGCAGCAAGAAUUUCUCAGGAAUACGGACCACCCUCCGCCCGAUCUGGACUUAACCAGGAUUACGCGUCUGCCAGGAACAGCCUGUCCCAAGAAUACGGAGCACCUAAUGCUAGAGCAGGACUAUCUCAGGAAUAUGGCGUCCCAAGUGCCAGAUCAGGCUUGUCCCAAGAAUAUGGUGUGCCUAAUGCUAAGUCAGCACUGUCCCAAGAUUACUCUGCUCCUAGUGCCAGAUCUAGCCUGUCUCAGGAAUAUGGUGCCCCAGGCUUGAGAUCUUCAGAUUCUUACGCGUCUGCUAGGUCUCCUUCGUCCACUUAUGGAGCUCCUGACUUUCGCUCCGCUCCAUCUGCUGAAUACGGAACUCCAUCCCAAAGAAGCUUCGGGUUCAAGUCUUCCCAAAAAUCCAGCCCCGGCUUUCGCAGCCCUCAGUUCAACCCCAACUCCAUCUCCCAACAAUACGGAGCCCCUGCUCGUAGCGCCUCGUCUCAGGGUUAUAGUUCUGCUGCUAAGUCUUCCUUCGGAUCUCGUAGCGUCUCCCAAUCCUAUGGGACCCCUAGGAGCAGCCCUUCCCAAUCCUACGGAGCUCCUGCCCGUUCCCUUUCCUCUCAAUAUGGCGCCCCUGCAAGGAGUUCUGACUCGUAUUCUCAGGGAUUUAGGUCUGUUUCCCAGACUUAUGGUGUGCCCAGCCAGCGAGGAUUGUCCGACACCUAUGGCGCUCCUGAGGCGAGGGGCAUUUCUCAGGAGUAUGGCGCUCCCUCGGCCCGAGCUAACUUGAAGACUAGUGCUUUUGCUUCGCCGUUCUCGGCUAGGUCGUCUCCAUCUUCCACGUACGGUGCGCCAUCAGCUCGCGACGCCAUGCCCUCGGACCAGUACGGAGUGCCUGAACAGUACAACGCGCUCUCCAGCCAAGGUUACGACUACGCCAGGGAUGCUCUGGAUGAGCUGCUGAACCAGGAGCCAGCCAACUAUGACUUCGCCUACAAAGUCAACGACUACCUCUCAGGCAGCGACUUCGGCCACACCGAGACCAGGCAGGAGAACCGUGCUGAGGGCUCCUACUUCGUCGUUCUACCUGAUGGCACUAAACAGGUGGUGGAAUACGAGGCAGACGAACGUGGCUUCAAGCCCAGGAUCUCAGUGGAGCCUGCUGACGCUUCAGCGCGCUCUGGUGGAUAUGACGAGAACGCUGCUGACCUAGCUCGGUCUGGAGAUGGACCUUAUUAAAACAGACAUAAGGGUCAUUUUAAACGAGCAACUAUAGCCAACUAACGCGUUAAUGUUUCAGCAAUUUCUUCCAGUUUUUUGGUCGAAAAAGUCAAUUUUUUUUGUAGAAAUCUAGAAGCAAUGUUUUUGCGAACCUCACGCAAUAUUGUUGUUGAAUUAAAACAAUAUUGAUGCUACAUUGAGGCAAUAUCGCUUCCAAAUUAAUGAAUAUAGU